AAGAGUUCCACUGGUAACACUUUUCUGCAUCCUGCCCCUGUGGUGCUGACCAGGGUGAGCCCUGAAGCGGCUAGUGCGUGCUUGUAGUGUUCAGUGGAUGCAUUUGUAUAUGUACAAAUCAUGCAUCCGCAUGAUUAUUUAAAUAUCUAGCUGUCAAUCUGUUUUCAUGUUCCUUUCAGUGAUCCCCCUAUUUUUUUCUUCCUAAGGUUUCUUACGCUCUUUUUAUUUCUUUAUUAAAUGUGCACUGAUGAAUAUCUAUAUGCAUCUGUAUAUAGUUGUAGAAAAUGAAUAAUAAGAAAUGUUUGCAAAUUGGGUUCUUGUGUUUGUUUACUGAAUACCGAUAAACAUCAACAAGCAUGUCUUUUUAAUUCAAAACGAUCUCUGCACCAAACCUAGAACACCUUAAGUGACACCUUAAGUGCCUUAUAAUAGCAAUAUAUAGAAAACAAACUUUUGGGAUAGCAAAUGCAAAUGAACUAAAUGCAUUGAACUAAAACCAGAAUGGUUAAAAAAAAAAAAAAUGGAACCAAUUUGGUUAAUUCAUAAUCCGGUAUUAAAUACCUUUUUUUUUUUUAAAGUUCUUUCUUGAUGCUAAGUUAAAAUCCGUAAUUCUUUUUACUUUUUAUAAACGAUUGAAUACUAAAUGGACAUGUUUACUUGGAAGUAAGGAAAUGUGAUUAUUUGAGACUUUAUAACAUACAUUAAUUCCAAUCUUAAAAUUGUUUUUCUUAAUAGUUUUUAGGUUAAAACAUAAUUGGUGGUAAUAAAAUAUUUUAGUUUUCUGAUCAUGCAUAUGCACGUGCAUUUUUUUCCCCAUAUAGUGUUGCUUUUGUUGCUAUGUUGGCUUAUUAAGACACCUCAAGCAUUUAAUCUAAUGAAGGAUUAGGACAGGUUUUCGUGGUCUUAAAUAUAUUAUAGGAGUUUUAUUGGCACUGUGACUGCUCCUCAUUUUUUAUUACCACCUAAAUUAAUAUCUUUUGAACAAUAGAGGGGGAAACCAAUUUCUUAGAGGAAACUCAGUACACGUUGAGGACCAAUGAUGUCACCACUAAUAUUAAUCUGUUUCCCUGUAUAUUGAAAAGCUCAUAGCAACUAGCCUCUUAGGUUCCCAAAGGACUUUAUCUGAUUUCAAGUGUUGCUUUUCUAAUCCCAUCCUACUGGUAAUUUACAAUGGAAGACAUUCUUAUUGAUUUUUUUUUCUCUAGAACGUUUUUUCUUGGUACCUCUUUUUCUCUUUCUCCAAACUCAUUUAUGAGCAAUUUUAUCAAAAUGUCAUUUAUAUUUCUUUAAGUACCAAAUUGUUUUUACAUUAAAUAUUGAUAUAAAGAUGGCUUUAUUCUUUCUACUAUAAAAUAAGUCAGAAGACAGUUUGGUAGUACAAUAGUAUGUUAGUUGAGCAAGAGAUUUAAACUUGGUCCUAUAUUAGUCUUAACAAACUUAUUAUUAAUUUUAAAUGAGCUAUUAACAAGAUUUACUACAAAAGACCUCUUUUUGUUUCAAAGAUAUCUCCUACUCAACAUGGAAAGCCUUCUUUGCCAAGGAUUUCCUCUCCUGGGUUUCUUCUGGAUCCAUUCAAAAUUUGCAUAAUUGAAGCCAGGGGUUAUGAAGUCCAACCUAGAUGGCCUCGCGGAUACCACCUUCCGGACCAUCACGACAGACCUCCUCUACGCAGGCUCUAACGAUAUUCAAUACGAAGAUAUCAAAAGCAACAUGGCGUCCAAACUAGGAUACUUCCCUCAGAAGUUCCCUUUAACUUCUUUUAGAGGUAGUCCAUUCCAAGAAAAAAUGACUGUGGGAGAUAAUCCCCAGUUAAUUCCAUCAGACCAGUUAAAUAUCACAGAGUUUUACAACAACAAAUCUUUAUCUUCAUACAAGGAUAAUGAGGAGAAUAUCCAGUGCGGAGAGAACUUCAUGGACAUGGAAUGCUUCAUGAUUCUAAAUCCUAGUCAGCAGUUGGCCAUUGCGGUAUUAUCCCUCACCCUGGGAACUUUCACAGUCCUGGAGAAUCUCUUAGUGCUUUGCGUCAUCCUGCACUCCCGCAGCCUCCGCUGUCGGCCCUCCUAUCACUUUAUUGGUAGCCUGGCAGUGGCAGACCUGCUGGGCAGUGUCAUUUUUGUCUACAGCUUUGUUGACUUUCAUGUGUUCCACCGGAAAGAUAGCCCAAAUGUAUUUUUGUUCAAGUUGGGUGGAGUGACGGCCUCCUUCACAGCCUCGGUCGGCAGCCUCUUCCUCACGGCUAUUGACAGAUACAUAUCCAUUCACAGGCCUCUAGCUUAUAAGAGGAUCGUCACCAGACCAAAGGCUGUGGUAGCCUUUUGUGUCAUGUGGACCAUCGCCAUUGUGAUCGCUGUGCUCCCUCUGCUAGGAUGGAAUUGCAAGAAGCUGCAGUCAGUUUGCUCAGACAUCUUUCCUCUUAUUGAUGAAACCUAUUUGAUGUUCUGGAUUGGCGUCACUAGUAUUCUGCUUCUGUUCAUUGUAUAUGCUUAUGUUUAUAUAUUGUGGAAAGCACAUAGUCAUGCGGUCAGAAUGAUCCAACGAGGCACUCAAAAGAGCAUCAUUAUUCACACAUCGGAGGAUGGGAAAGUUCAGGUCACUAGACCUGAUCAAACCCGCAUGGACAUCAGGCUAGCCAAAACCCUUGUCCUUAUUUUGGUGGUCCUGAUCAUAUGCUGGGGUCCACUGCUUGCCAUCAUGGUCUACGAUGUCUUUGGGAAAAUGAACAAACUCAUUAAGACAGUGUUUGCUUUCUGCAGUAUGCUCUGCUUACUGAAUUCUACCGUGAACCCUAUUAUAUAUGCUCUGAGGAGCAAGGACCUGAGGCAUGCUUUCCGGAGCAUGUUCCCCACUUGUGAAGGCACGGCACAGCCCCUCGAUAACAGUAUGGGGGAAUCCGACUGCCCGCACAAACAUGCAAAUAGUGCCGGCAAUGUUCACAGGGCUGCUGAGAGUUGCAUCAAGAGUACAGUUAAGAUUGCCAAAGUAACCAUGUCUGUGUCUACGGAUACCACAGCUGAGGCGUUGUGAGCUGAAGACUUCUCAGCCACAUUGGGAGAAGAGAAAUUAGGCGCUUUUUUUGUUUGUUUGUUUAAAGGAGUCUAUCCUCUCACAUUUUUUAGUUUAAGACAUUUACUUAAUAGGUGAUUGUCACAAUGAUCAUUAGUCAUUUCAAACAAUGAAAAAUCAAAAUACAACUCUCCAAAGGUUUUACAAUUUAAAAAAAGUUGGUUUGUUGAAAAAAAUUUUAAAGUAUGUUACUUGAGUCACCCAUGUUUGACUAUAUUAAGGAAAAAGUUUCAGUAAAAUAAAUGGAAAAUUUGUGUGGGAACAUGGUUCAAACUUUAAGUAGUUGUGAAUAAUUCCAUCAAAUGAGUAAAACCUUUGUAACCAUAAUUUUCAUUCUAAUGUAAAAUGUACUUGAUGUCUAUAAGUAACAGAGGUUUCCGUUCCCCCCACCCCAAAAGCUGCAGUACAGAAUUAUAACUAUUUUGUAAAACUGUAUUGUCCUGUGAACUGUGUACUGAUGUUUAUUACAUGUUAUUUAUAUUUGUCUAUUGGGCAACAAGGAAAAGAUACAGAAUUUUAUGGAAACAGUACAGAAUAUACAGUGGAUAAGUCCCAGUGAAAACCCAUAUUUGCCAAUCAUCCAUACAAUGACUUUGAAAUUUUACACUUUAAUGUCUCCAAUAUUUUCAUUCUUUCUUUCGACAUUUCAAAUGUUCCUCUUAAUUUUUUGUUAACCCAAAAAUUAGACUGACAAGAAUAUAAAGACCAAUUCCCCAUAGUGAAUAAUAUUCAUCUGCCCCCCAACUUUGCAACUUGGUUCAAAUCCUAAAAUAUUUCAGUUUGCAUUUUCUUCUAAGGACAUUUUGUUAGGGUCUUCUGGACUAUUGCUGUUUGGCUGUGUAAUGUAUGAUCUCAAGAACUGAAGAGCAAAGGUGAAGUGACUUCUUUAACCAACACCUGAUUCCCCCCCCCCCCCCCCCCCCCCCCCCCCCCCCCGCCCCUUAAGUCUUUAGCUAUCCCCAAAUCUCUUAAGACAGCAUGUGUCAAUCUUAAUGUAAGGUGUUAUCACUGUGCAGUUGACGUAUACUUGAAGAGUAUUGUAUUCUUAUAUUCCAGGUUUAAGUAGAUUCUCUGCCUGGGAGGCCAAACAAGAGUCUUCAUUUAUUUUAAGUGAAAAGAAGUAUUGUCUGGAUUAGCAAAAGUGUACUAUGUGAGUGUGAAUUUCCAUGUAUGUGUGUGUAGAUCGUAAAUGUGCGUGUGUGUGUGUAUGUGUGUGUGUGUGUCACAGUGAUAUUAUAAAGUUAGGAAACUGUGACUAGGUGUAAAUUGUAUUACUUGUUGCGCUCUUUGCACAUGAAUUCAGUUUCUAAAAUUGAGUUCUUUUCUACAUUUUGGUUAAUGAAACUACAGAAUGCAAAAAAAAAAUUCAGAAAAUUUUCAUCCACUUUGAAAAAGUAUUCCAAGUGUUGCUUGAUAGUGUUGCUGGAGGACAACUCUUAUCAACAAACAAUUGAUUAAAUAUAUUCAAUGAAAAAUCCUGUAUUUUCAAUGGUAAAGAAAAUCAUUCUAAUUCCCAAAUUUGGGGUACUAAACAUAUAUAUAUAUAUAUAUAUAUAUAUAUAUAUAUAUAUAUAUAUAUGCAGCAUGGUUGAAUGAAUGGAUAAAGGGAUGACCUCAGAGUCAGGAGAUGUGUUCAAGGGUCUUUUCUGACACAUACUAGCUACAUGACCCUAGACAAGUCACUUAAGCUCUGAUCACUAGGCAAAUAUAGAUGAUAAACUGCCUACCCCAGUUGGUAAAGCAAAUUUCCUCAUUUGAGAGUUCUGUCCCCUUCUCUCUCUAAGGAGGUACAUCUCCUUGUAAAAGGAUAAAUAUGCUUCACUAAACCUGAAACCAUUAAAAAAAAAGUAAUAGUUCAUCUCACCCUUGUGAAUCCUAGUUUUAAUGGCACUAAAGAGAUCUCAGGCAUUCCUCAAAUCCAUCUCUAAUGAGGCAUGACUGACUGCUUGCCACAGCCUACAUGGCACAAGGAGAUAGUGGGCUAGGCAGCUUAUUUAGAUAAUGAAGAAAUUCAGUCUUGAUUAUUGGAGCCUGACUCACUUUUGGAGACCAAAUCAGCAGGAUCACUCCUCUCUUUUACCCAGAUUUACCUGGUAGAUGUGCAGAUCUCUCUAUCUUAUGUUUCCUGUGCAAACUACUUUUAUGAGGCUGCUGUCCUAAUCUUGGCGGUUGACUGAGAUUUAUUGACAAGUAAAGAUUGCUCAAAAUGAGGCUUUUUUUAAGGCCCCAAUCUUUUAUUCCUUUACAAUGUCAUAGGACCCAGAAAUAAGCAAUCUGCCAGGAAAGAAAGGGAUUUUUCUUAAGAGGCUGAUAAACCUUGAUGGAUUUUAUUUAUAAACAAUCUUCUCUCCUUCCAGGGACAAAUCAUUACUCCUGCAGUACCCCGAGGCCAGGUCUAUACAGUACAAGGUGAAGUGGAAAAUUUGCAAUUAUCUGGUGGGUUCAGUGAGGAAAAAAGUUUUUCUACUAUUCUUAUCCUCCUUCCUCUCCAUUCUCCCAUCCCACAAUUAUGGUUUCUGGGCAAAACUGAAAUUGGCUGUCUUCAUGUCCCAAAUUUGCCACAAAAGCUGUAAGUCUGUGUAUCUCUGGUCUGUGCAGAUGAGAAAUGAGGCCUUAGGGUGUUAUGGUGGUAAUGAUUUCUCUGUAGAAAAAGAGAAGGUUAAUUUGUGAAUAAAUUCCACUAAGACCUAAUAGCCCUUAAAAAAAAUAACCAUUCUUUUGUCCUGAAUUAUCCAAAGUGGUUAUCUGCACAGUUCAAAUUCACCAGGUAACUACCUGGUAACCAAUUCUCCAUUCUGUUAUAAAACUCUGGUCUCACUGAAAGUGAGUGGGAAGAGGAAUUGGAGAAAAGCCAAAUAUUAAAAAAAAAAAUAAAUCUAAGAUUUUUUUUUGAAACUGUGUUCCUGUGAAUUCAAUGCAGAUUUUGUAAAUUUGUUGUGCUUUCAAGAUCUAAAUUGUAUGUAAUAAAUCAAGGGACAAUAGGGCUGUCAGCACUAAACUUGGUGCUUAUCUAUAUAUUAAGAAAUAGCAUCUUGUGAGAUACUAUCAUGUAUCUGUUUCAAUACCUUGCGUACAUACAUUCUAAACUAGUUCUGCACACUUUGCCUUUUUUUUUAAUCACUUGCUAACUCAAGUGACUAAAACAUACUCCCUGUUGAAUAUAGUCACUAGAAUGACAAUUAGUUAACAAAUCAGUUUCUUAAGCAAGCUAGUUUCUUUAAUGUGGUUUAUGUGUGAGUAUGCUUUAGGCAAUCCUGCUUCACAGUCAUCAGCUUUCCAUUGGUGAUUAAAAAUAAUCAAAGCAACUUACAAGUCUUAGGCCUAAGAAAUUCACUAUUGUACACCAUAGUUCAUGAAGGACCAUACUCCCAGUUGAUGUUAUUUCUUUUUAGGAGUUGACCCAAGCACAGGGUUUCUUUGGCCUGGUCUUCACAGCUGCAAUCAACCCAGUAACUGAUUACCAGACUCAAAUUUCUUUCAUUAUAUGUACCUAUGUAUAAUGUACAAGAAACUUGAGGUUAAUGAUGAGCUAAGUCAUGCAGAUUGCCUACCUAAACACCAGCUAAUUGCCAGAACCCCAUAAAGCUGUAUGAUGGCCCCAUCAGAAGCCAAUGAGAUUCUGAUGCUUCAGAUCACUUCUUCAAGAAAUGAACAGCAUCAUCUACUAUGGGAGAAUUUGGCCUUGCUUGAAUAGCACUGUAGUUAUCAUUCUAUCUGUCCAUUUCAGGUGUUUUAUAUCUGUAAAAGAGACCACCUAUAUCAUGUGCAAAAUUAGACUCCUCAUGAUCUAAUUGUAUAUUUGUAUGAUAUUUUAAGAUCUCCUAAAUGCUGUGCUAUGGCUAAAAUGGUUUUUUUCUUGCACUGGCCCUCUGAUGAAAUGUUACUGUUACCUAUUGUAACAUAGACAAGACAUUUUAUCUACUGAUUUGGGCUGAAUGUAUGUAAAUAAGUUUAAAAAGAAAAAGCCAGAUGUAUAAGCAGUGGCCUAAAAAUCAGUGCUUUUCAAAUAGGGCUGUGUGUUUAAGUUACUAUGGCCGCCUAAAAGCUUUCUUCAGAUGGAUUCCAUGUAUUGGGUGCUGGGGAUGUACGGAUCCCCAAGAAGGAAAACAUUUUCUUGUAAUAAUAAGAAGCUGAGACUCUGGAUUAUCUGAACUUUUAUUUCUAAUGUUUCAAAGUGAAGAACAUAACUCUUUAUUGUCUGUAAAUCUAACAUUAUUACUUUCUCUUAGAAGAAUAUUGUAUUGUUCGAUGUUUGUUGAGCUGGUAACAUCCCCUGCAACCUCUGCAAUAUCCUUGUUAGUAAUCUGUAUGAAACUUUGUACACAAGUUCUGGUAAAAUUGUCAUUAAAAGUAGCUUCAACCAUUCAA